AUGGGAGACUGGGGGUUUCUCUCCGCUUUACUGGACAAGGUCCAGUCCCACUCCACCGUCGUCGGGAAGAUAUGGAUGAGCGUCCUCUUCAUCUUCAGGAUCCUGGUAUUGGGAGCGGCGGCCGAAAACGUUUGGGGCGAUGAACAAUCUAGUUUGGUCUGCAACACAUUACAACCCGGUUGCGAGAACGUGUGCUACGACUGGCAGUUCCCCAUCUCGCACAUACGCUUCUGGGUCAUGCAGAUCAUCUUUGUGUCCACGCCAACCCUACUGUACCUGGGACACGCGGUGCAAGUCAUUCACCAAGAAAAGAAGCUGAGAGAGAAAAUUAAAAGCCUCGGCGAGGGUCACAUGCUGAAGUCACCCAAAUACACAGAUGACAGUGGCCACAUCAAGAUCAAAGGAAAUCUGCUUGGCAGCUAUUUGACCCAGCUUUUUUUCAAAAUCAUCCUUGAGAUUGCUUUCAUUGUCGGACAGUAUUAUUUAUAUGGCUUUAUUAUGCUCCCUAAGUUCACCUGUUCCCGAUCCCCCUGUCCUUACACUGUAGAAUGUUUCAUGUCCCGUCCGACAGAAAAGACCAUCUUUAUUAUCUUCAUGCUUGUGGUUGCUUGUGUGUCUCUCUUACUUAAUGUCAUCGAGGUCUUCUACCUGCUGUGUACCAGGGUGGGAUGCCGGUCAAACAAGAGAGGCACGCAUAAUAUUACUUCUGCUAAAAACCCAGCCAGCUUGGCGUCUUCCUGGCAUGUGAAGGUGAGCUCUGAGGAAUUAGCUUUGAAGCAGAACAAGUUGAACAUGCAGUUCGAGAGCGGUCAGAGUCUCGGAGGAAGUUUGGAUGGGGCUAAGGACGAAAAACAACUGCUGGCCGACCGUUAG